AUGUACUUAGCGCUGCAGGUGGCUGUGGUGUGCUGCGACCUCUCGCGCGCGUUCGAUACCGCCGACCACCGCCUUAUCGCGCGCAAACUAGGGCACUACGGUGUUCGUGGGCCUGCACUAGCAUUACUUAUGUCUUUUAUGUCCGAUAGAUGCCAAGUGGUCGUAGGUGAUGGCGGUCGCGUUCGGUCGGAGGAAAUGAAAUGCCUACUCGGGGUACCUCAAGGCUCGUGCCUCUCGAAUACCCUAUUCAGCAUUCUCCUCAAUGACCUCCCACAGGUCAUAAAAGGCCCCAACAUUUACAUGUAUGCUGAUGACGUGACAGCUGUCGUCACAGGCGCAUCCCACGAACAAUUGGAGACAAACGUCAACAGUACCCUUCACCAACUGAGCCAAUGGUUUAACGCGAACGGGUUGGCCCUCAACAAAAGCAAGACUUUUUGGAUGAAAUUUAGGCUUAACGGUCACGUGAUCCAACCAUCGACGGUGUGCGCCGGUGACGACGCUGUCCAGCAGGUAACCGACACAAAACUUUUGGGUUUCACUAUAGACAGCGGGCUACGGUGGGACGCGCAUAUCGACCAGCUGUGCGCCAAGCUGGGGAGCGCGUGCUACGCGCUGAAGCGCCUCGCUAGUACUGCGACCAGAGAUGUCGUCAGGAGCUGCUACUUUGCCACACAGCAGACUGGCAUAGAGUAUUUGUACUCCAGAAGCGAGCUGUUCGGGCAAUAG